AUGGCUGGCGAAGUGUCGAAAGGAAAGGAAAAGCGAAAACUAACAAGAACUGAUCGCAGCCUGGCUCAGGGUGUUCUACAACAGCAUUCAUUUCUUACUGAUCCUAGCGAAGUGAAAAAGAUGGAGAAAGAUUUAUUAGACUUAAUGAAAGAUUUUAAUGAAGGAAAAUUACAUGCAUUUGGUAUGAGGGUUUAUAUUACCCCAAUGUGUCCUAUUUUAUAAUAUUUAAUACUCGUCAAGGGGAGAGCAUUCAGAGCAAAGGCGAGGACUAUCUGCCCACUCUGUCUAACACGAAAUGAUUUUGGUACUGUCCCUUAUUAGCCUGAGUUUUAUUCAGGCAUGAUGUGGCGAGCAAGCUCCAUAUAUACCUCGGGCAAGAACUUGAGUCCAAAAACAACUCGUUCCCCGAGCCUGCAAUCCUCGGGAAGGAACGCGAGGCUCUGGGAUAAUCCGUUGCCGGAAGCCAGGAUUCCUGACUAAGAUUGAACUACGCAUUUCAAUGGCCAAUCAGAUUCCUCCCUGAAACGGAUUAUCCCAGGGCCUCGCGUUCCUUCCCGAGGAUAACAGGCUUGGGGAACGAGAUUGGUCCAAAAAGUUAAUGCAAGAUGGCAUAAAUUGAGGAGCGAUUGGAUGUCAAUUCCAGUCCUUUUCUACUGUUUUUGUUUGCACGGUUAUCAUGAAGCUGGCAAGAAGUGUGCCACAAUUUCACAUUUUGACUUCAAUCUUUAUGAACUGAUAACUUCAUUAGUGAUACAGUCCAUUAGAAAAGCUGGUGUUGGCUGGGAAUAAUGGUUUUAAAACUGUUUAUGACCUUCAUAGCUAUUGGACUUCAAUUCCCACCAUUUUGACUUCACUUUUCUCAUAAGCUGAAUGACUGAAAAUUCUUGCUCCAGACAUAUAGAGAUCACUGGAUGUGGUUACUAAAAGGUGUGGGAAAGUGUCAUGUCCUUAAAUGAUUGUGAAACCCUAAUAUGAUCCUUUCAGUUUUAAUGAAAUAAAGUUUUGUUACACAGAUCACUGCAACCGACCAUAGAGUAAAACAGCAUACAACUGUAUUAAAUAGGUAAUGAAUACACUCUUGAUAAAAUGGAUCAGAUAAGAGAGUCACAAGAAUGUUUGGCUCAACUUCAUUUUGAACUGGAUGUUGAAGAAUCACAUCGGUAUUCAAUUUAAAGUUUAUUUAUUUUAUCUCAAGACUGUUUAUAUUUUAGUUAAUAUCAGUUCAUAACAAUUUUAGUUCAUAACUAUGUGUGUGCUGUUUGUUUUGAUUCAAUUAAUUAUUAAAGUCAAUAAGGAUUGAUUAAAAAAAUCAUUUUUGUAGGAAAGAACAUGAGGAAGUUGGUCGAAAUAGGAACUUGGAAAGACUCAUGAAAGAUGUAAGUUAA